GUCUUUUGGGUCCCUGCAAAUUGAAGCCAACAAUAUCUCCCACACCAGAAGGUCACAAAACGUGAGCAACAAAACGAAAGAACAGAAAAGACCGACCGGUAAUUUUCCCAUGUUCCAUCUGUAGCUAAUAAAUUUCAAUUAUGGAAACCAGAAAUACAAUCACUUAAAAGAGAAAAAAGAGAAAGUGUGAGCACUAAAAAGAAAAAAGAAAAGAUCAACAACACUUUUUGCUAUCUCUCUCUCACUAACGCCGUACACGGUGUUCAAAAUGAGAGGAGCAACCAGUUCUUCCGGUGGCACCACCGUCGAAUCUGCUCCUGCCAAACGGAAUUCACGGAAACCCAAAUAUUCUAGAUUCACACAGCAAGAACUUCCUGCUUGCAAACCAAUUCUUACACCAGGAUGGGUCAUUACAGCAUUUGUUGCUGUUGGCAUAAUCUUUAUCCCUAUUGGUCUCACUACCUUGUUUGCAUCAGAGCGUGUGGUGGAAAUCGUGGAUCGCUAUGACAAAGAUUGCAUUCCUCAUAAUUAUCAAAAUGAGAGCCUUGAAUAUAUCCAGAGCAGUAAUACUAACAAGACCUGUACCAGGAGUUUAACAAUCCCAAAGCAAAUGAAAAGUCCUGUUUUUAUCUAUUAUGAGCUUGAUAACUUCUAUCAGAACCAUCGUCGAUAUGUAAAAAGUCGAAGUGACAAACAGUUGCGAAGUAAGGCAGGUGAAACUAACACAGAUAGCUGUAAACCUGAAGCAGUCACACCAAGUAAUGCUCCAAUUGUUCCUUGUGGCCUUAUUGCAUGGAGUUUGUUCAAUGACACAUAUGGCUUUUCACUUAAAAACAAGGCCUUAUAUGUCAGCAAAAAAAACAUAGCUUGGAAAAGUGACCAAAAUUAUAAAUUUGGUUCUGAUGUUUAUCCUAAAAAUUUUCAAACCGGAGGCUUGAUUGGAGGUGCAAAACUUAAUUCAAGCAUACCUUUGAGUGAACAAGUGGAUCUCAUUGUCUGGAUGCGUACUGCAGCAUUGCCAUCUUUCAGAAAGCUUUAUGGAAGGAUAGAGAUGGAUCUCGAAGCUAAUGAUGUAAUUACAGUUACUAUAGAGAACAAUUAUAAUACUUACAGUUUUGGUGGAAAAAAAAAGCUGGUUCUUUCAACCACGAGUUGGAUAGGUGGAAAAAAUGAUUUCUUGGGCAAAGCAUAUCUUACUGUAGGUGGAAUAUGCUUGUUUCUUGCAAUAAGCUUCAUACUUGUAUAUGUGAUUAAGCCAAGGCCUCUUGGUGAUCCGUCCUAUUUGUCUUGGAAUAGGAAUUCAUCAGGAAUAUGAAUUAGAACUCUUAAAACAAUUUUCUGUCCAUACCAAGUGCAGGCUUCUGCAUGCUUUGGUCAAAAACUUUCAUCUUGGAGCAUUAACAUUUCCAAAAAUGCCAAGGUAUCAAGUAGCUGUAGCUUGGCUGAGUUUCAUUGUUGCUUUUGUGCUUUCAGGCAAUCCUAGUUAGAACCAGUACCUAUAUUAGUAAUUAAAUUUUGAGCUUUGUCUUAAUUUAUUUUGUUCUCCAUGAGGCUGCAAAAAUAAUUGACUCGGAAUGGGAUCAUACACAAGUGUGCUACCACAAUCUUCUUACUUGAAUAUGGGAUCAUACACAAGUGUGCUACCACAAUCUUCUUACUUGAAUCAAUCACAUAUCUUUGUUUAUACUUUCCUUAAUAUCUACUUGAAUUCAUUACACAUCACUGUUUAUAUUUUC